GACAAGAGACAGAGGUAGACGGAGGUGUGACUGAGUGGAAGACAGAGUCAGGGAAGCUAAUAGCGAGCUGGUCCUUCCAAUUUAUGUCUAGAAACCCAGAAAAGGCAAACUAGCGGUAGAUUUUCGUGCGUAAAAAAGAGAGUAGGCUGCCCUCUAUAUUCUUAAGUUUUACAACACUUCUCUUCCAGGCUGAACAGUUAUUCGGAGGUAGUGUCCUCUGUGGAGUUUUCUUUGUCUCCGCAAGUGACACUAAAGAGCACGGAUUACAAUGAUAAGGAUUUUAGAGGUUUGGGUCACCUCGGUGGCCAUUUCUCUGCUGGUUAAGGGGGCUCUUGGAGGUUAUGGGAUGAGUAUGUUUGCUGCCCAGUCGUCCCCUCCAGACCCAUGCUAUGAUGAGAACGGCAACCCCCGGAGGUGCAUCCCCGAUUUCGUGAACUCGGCUUUCGGGAAGGACGUGCGCGUCUCCAGCACCUGUGGAACCCCGGCCUCAAGGUACUGCGCCGUGACCGAGAAGGGUGAGGAGAGGACUAGGGAUUGCCACACCUGCGAUUCAGGGGACCCAAAGAAAACUCAUCCACCUGCGUAUUUAACUGAUUUGAACAACCCUCAUAACCUCACCUGCUGGCAGUCAGAAAACUAUGUCCAGUAUCCUCAGAACGUCACGUUCACUUUGUCAUUGGGUAAAAAAUUUGAGGUCACCUAUGUGAGCUUGCAGUUCUGUUCACCCCGACCCGAAUCUAUGGCUAUCUUUAAGUCCAUGGACUAUGGCAAAUCCUGGGUUCCUUUCCAAUUCUACUCUACCCAGUGUAAGAAGAUGUAUAACAAGCAGAAUAAGGCGGCAAUUACCAAGCAGAAUGAACAAGAGGCGAUUUGCACAGAUUCUCACACGGACAUGCACCCGCUGACAGGUGGGCUCAUUGCGUUCAGCACCUUGGAUGGCAGACCCUCGGCGCACGACUUCGACAACUCUCCGGUGCUGCAGGACUGGGUGACAGCCACCGACAUCAAGGUUACGUUCAGCCGACUGCACACGUUUGGGGAUGAGAACGAGGACGACUCGGAGCUGGCUAGAGAUUCCUACUUUUACGCGGUAUCAGACCUGCAGGUUGGCGGGCGGUGCAAGUGCAGCGGUCACGCUUCAAAGUGCGUUAAAGAAAGGGAAGGAAACCUGGUAUGCGAGUGCAAGCACAACACCGCGGGGCCGGAAUGUGACAGGUGCAAACCUUUCCACUAUGACCGUCCUUGGCAGCGCGCAACCGCAAGAGAGGCAAACGAAUGUGUUGCCUGCCACUGUAACCUGCACGCCCGGCGCUGUCGCUUCAACAUGGAGCUGUACAAGCUGUCUGGGCGGAGGAGCGGAGGAGUCUGUCUCAACUGCCGUCACAACACGGCCGGACGCCACUGCCACUACUGCAAGGAGGGCUUCUUCCGGGACAUGUCCAAGGCCAUCUCCCACAGGAGGGCCUGCAAAGCGUGUGAUUGUCAUCCAGUUGGCGCAGCCGGCAAGACCUGCAACCAAACCACCGGCCAGUGUCCCUGCAAGGACGGCGUGACCGGCAUCACCUGCAACCGCUGUGCCAAGGGCUACCAGCAGAGCCGCUCUCCUAUCGCCCCCUGCAUAAAGAUUCCAGUUGCAUCGCCCACCUCCACCUAUACCAGCUCUGAAGAGCCCUUAGACUGUGAUUCUCACUGCAAGGCAUCCAAGGGCAAGCUGAAGAUCAACAUGAAGAAGUACUGCAAGAAAGACUAUGCUGUCCAAGUGCACGUCCUCAAAGGAGACAAGGCAGGGGAGUGGUGGAAGUUUACCGUGAACAUCAUCUCCAUCUACAAGCAAGGUGAACAACGCAUCCGGCGCGGUGACCAGCUCCUGUGGGUGCGUGCCAAGGACGUGGCCUGCAAGUGCCCCAAGAUCAAGCUUGGCAGGAAGUACCUGCUGCUGGGCACGGAUGACGACUCCCCCGGGCAGAGUGGCGUGGUGGCGGACAAGGGCAGCCUGCUCAUCCCCUGGAAGGACCUGUGGGGCCGGAGACUGAGGAAGUUCCAACAGCGCGACAAGAGGGGCAAGUGUUAAGAGGAGCCAGAGAGGAGAGAGAGGGGGCUCACCUCGAGUCUGAGGAACACAGGAGGAGGAGAAAGAAAGGGGAAACACCAGAGGGAGAGAGGAAAGAGGGAGAGGUGAAGUGAACAGAGAGAGAGAGAGAGAGAGAGAGAGGAAGUGACUGAGUGCUGCUGCUUUGAGUAGAAGAAAAAAGAGUGAAGGAGCUCUUUUUACAGUUGCUGUUCUGUUUGUCCUUCAAGGUUUGUUUCAUUGUGGAAUUGCAGAGUUUGCACCUAAUAUUUCAGAUAAGUUACUUAUUUUUUGUUUUAUUCAUGAUACCGUUAUUUUUAUAUUUCCAGUUCAUUUCUACAGAACAUCAGAAAAAAAUCUACUGUAUCACAUUUCUGUGUUAAAAAAAAUAUAUAUAUAUAUAUACAUAUAUAUAUAUAUUGUUUAAAGUUUUUUCUAGCAAGCUGAGGUGGCACGGCAUGGCUUAAGGGGAAUCUCUCUCAUGUUUAAUGAGAGGCUCCUGUUUGCCAGGCCUUGUCAAGAUAAACUGUGUAAACUGCUAAGAGUGUUAACACGUUAAAAUUGAUCAUUUAAACUAGGUUUUACUGUGGUUUCGGAAUAUACUUGUAAAAAUGGGAGAGAAAAAACAGAAACAAAAACAAGCCAGCUAUUGCCAGUUACCUUUCUUCUUUAAGAGCUCCUCAUGUGGUUGUUACCUCAUUAUUACUGCUAACUAUGUCAUCAAAAUGAAAGUACCAUGAAGAAGUUGCUCCUCAGAUACAUACAUUUCCUUGCCAUCCUGACAGUGUGGUUGUGACCUCAGCAAAAUAAAAGUACCAGUAGGCACGAUAUAAUUAUACAAUAUAUUUGUAUUUAGACAGCACUCUGUUCUCAACUAGAAGAACUAAAAUAGAUGAGUUGACCAUGCACUUAAUGUUUAGUCCUUUAGUAUUCAACAGUAUUCAGAACAUAUAAGAUAUGUUCAGUGUUUAAUGGCACCAUGCAGGAUACAAACUAACAUACUGUAUGGUUUUAGAAACAUCAUCAAAGAACUAAUGUAUGUCCAUUCAUGAUUGUUCAAACUGAGACCACACAUGUCACUGAUUAUGUGCUGCCUUUGGCCUUUGGUCCUGGAACCUAAUGUCCACUGACUCUGUGUCAUUGAUUGAUGCAUCUGGUUUGCUAUCCUGUUCACGUUUGUUAAAAUACGAAGUACUGCUUGAACAUCCCACUGAGCAUUGACCUGUUUCUGCUGGUAAAGGACUGA